AGAUUGUGCGAUUUCGUUUUGUAAACUUAAUUUCAAAAGUGUUUUUCACAUACAUAAUUAAUUUCUAAUGUUUUUAUGUUUUCAUUGCAAUACUCGGAUAACAACUUUAAUCAAGUUCAAUUUUUUUUAUUAAAAUUUAUUUAUCAAGAUGGCUACAGCAAAUGAGUUUGAAUUUUUAGAUGAAGAAGUAAGAGAGCUUCUUGAAAACUAUAAACAUAAAAAAGCUACCGUCUACGAACCAUGCACAUUAAAAAACGUUAAGGAAUGCUUAAUUGGUAUAAAUGAGGAACUGGGUAUUUACAAUAUUAAUUACCUUUUCAAUCCGUAUAUUGAUUAUGACAACAGUACUUUAACCCCAGAGGCUCUUGUGAAGCUUAUUAAUGCAACUUGGACUUUAUUGCAUUACCACAAAAACUUAAAAGAAAAGGUGGAUGGGUUGUCGGAACAAAAUCAUAUUCUUGAUCAAAAGAAUAAACAAGUAAAUGGAAUGUUAGGAAGGUUAAAGGACAAACUUUUAUCUGAGAAGAAUGAAGCAAGAGCAUGUGUGGCAUCAGCCCAAAGAGUCUCCGAUCAGUCUGAAGAUCUUCUUCACACAUUGUCAGAAACAAAGGCUAAACUUUUCAGAGUGACUAAACAAAAGGAUGCACUUGAGAAGAGUUUAAGAAAUGAAGUGAGUCGGCUAAAGCUUGACAAUGAGAAAUUACUUGACAGGCUGAGGAACAAAUCAAAUGUGCACGUGUCUUGCAGUGAGGUAUGUGAUUCAACUCUAUUGCGUCUGAAGGAACGUGAACGUAAACAUUUGUCGGUCAUUUCGCAACUCCAAAAUAAUAAUCAGGAGCUGCUGCGCGAAGUAUUAGCCCUAAAGGAGGAAAUCAUACUCGGUGGAAUAGAAAGUUUUGACAUUGAUAAUAGAAAAACUUAACAUUUCCUCAAGCAAUUGAUUUAUUGUUAUUUCUUGUUACAUAUUUCAGUAUUAUCAGUAUACCGUAUAAUAUUUUCGUUAUUCCUAGCAUAAUCAAAAUGUAAGUGCCAAGUAAGAAGAAGUAACGUAUAAGUGACUCUUUUUGUUAAGUUUCGUGACUUGUUUGUUGAUAUUACCUACAUAACGUCUACUAUGUCGGAAAUAUUUCAAUGUAGAAUACAAACCUGAGUAGGUAUUAUGGUAAUUAGUGAUAUUAAAUAUGAGCUUUAUUGUUGCAAAAUAAUAUUUGAGACUUCCUGUAUGAUAGACAAAAGUUUUUUCUACUAUUUUAACGGAUUACGCAGCUUUAAUUGAAAGUUACCGAAAUUUCAAAAGUAAAAGGAAUCUCUUAAUAAACAAGUGGUUUUGUACCUAAUCUAGCCAUAAGUUCUGUUACAAACGAAAAUGCUUUUUUAUAAAGUAAUGUGCCGCAGAAAAAAAAAAUAACUAUUCGAAAUGGCCACCUUUGACUUUUAUGCAGGCCUUUUAAUCUGUUUGGCCACGAAUCUAUGGAUUUACGCAGUUUCCAAGAGAAAUUUCGCCACUGCUUGCUCCAAAGAUUUUUUAAGAGAUUCAAUGUCGCCGUGUCGUUUAGAGUCCAUGAGCUCUAUUUUUGAUUCGCUCGCCUGACAUAGUAUCGUCAAAUGCAACUUAAGUCACUUUCGACUUCCAAGUCGCAUGAUACUGAUCGUCCGUAUUUUUGAAUCAUUCGUCUACAGUUACCAGUUUAAUACAAAAUAAUAAUUUUUAUGAAUUUCACGGAAAAUGAAAAAAAUCACUCAUUACCGCUGUGAAAAAAAAACGUAUAAUUCUUAAUAACUGGUUAUUUAAUCUUUUGCCUUUUUUGUAAGAAAACAUCAAAACGUCGCAACAAAUCGUCAUCUAUAGAUAAGAUGACGAUUUAAAAAGAUUGAGAAAAUAUCUUGAAAAUAUCUGACAUAUAUUUGACAAUAUAAUUAUUCUACCAUACGCCUCCAUCAUUCGUCAACGCGCAACGACCGCAAGACCGCUUAUUGACGUCGAGGGAUUCAAAACUACGGAAAUUAUUAUGUUGCAUGAAAAUUAGUAGAAAUCGAACGUUCGACGCAAGGCGAGUGAUUCAAAAAUUAAGCUCCAUGUGCUUUAAGGCGCUUUGCAGACGGCGGGGCGGAGCGGGCCGGUCAAUUUCGCCGCGAACUAUAGCACAAAGUGAAUCCUAUACUACAAACGCACGCAGAGGGCAAAAAGACCGCGCCGCAGGUGCCCGGCGGGCACUGGCGGCGCGGCAUGUCCGCGGCUGCCCGCCGUGGAUCAUGCAAACCAGUUUAUAUGCAGUAACGCAGACGGCGGCGCGGGGCGGCUAGCUCAGUCCGCGCCACGCGCUUUUUAGUGAUGGACUAUUCACUAGAACGAACGUUCUGAACUGACUGCCUCUACCCGUCGUGUGCUUUGUGAACGCGGUGAGGGCAGCCGCAGACAUCGACGGGCAGACGCAGUUUUUAUUGCUUCGCGGACAAAAAGCCCGCCCCGCCCCGUCGUCUGCAAAGCGCCUAAAACUGACCAUAAUUUUAAGUCUAAAGGUCUGGGCUAGAUGAGGGCCAGUCUUCAGCUCUUAUAAAGUCCGGAACGUUGGUUUCAAGCCAGGCUUGGGUAGUUCUUGCCUAGUGACCAGGUGCAAAAUCCUCUGGAAAGCCCACGGUAUAUUUUUAAAAAGUGUAUUGCUGACAGCUUUCACAACAUGAUCCAAGACUGUAUCUUGUUACACUUUGGCUGAAGUUUUCUCUCCUUUUUCACAAAAAUGAAGUUUUUUAUGACUCCUUGACACGCCCCACCAAAUCAUCACUGACGCAGGAUAACUACGUUGUAGCUUUCCGACCACUUGAGCAACUUCUUUAGAACUGUGAGCGUACACUUUAUCAUUUUGCUUAUCGUAGUGUUCUUCAGUCGUGUUUUUUUUUUAUCGGUAAAGAGGACAUUUCUGUGCUUUUCACCUGCGUAUUGGGACAGAAGGCGUUUUGAUCGAUCCACUCUCUUUAAUUGUAAAAUUGAUUCAGGGACUGUCCUGUAUAUCAACGAUAAGCACCGAGCUUCAGGUCUUGUUUUAUAAUACGCGACAGAGUCUUAGCGGGGAUCUAUAAAAUCUCUAUGAAAUCUCUUGGCAAUCUAGCGGGAUUUCUCGCAAUAAGAUAUUUUGCUUCUUAAUGGGUUUCCACGAUUUCUGGCUUUAAAGGCAUUAACAGCCUUUAUAGUCGUAGGUCUUCGACAAACGAAGUGUAGUUCUUUGUAUCUUUUGAUAGUACAAUAUACGAACAUACUGCUGAUAUCAAGCUUUUGAAGUGUCUGGAAUAUGACCGACUCCAUACCCACUUUGUGCAAGGCGCUCACUGUAAUCCUAUUUUCUUUAACACCCCAUUCCAUAUUGUUAUUUGAUAAUGAAACGAAAAAAUAUGUGAAUAGGAGCAAAAUCGAUAGUUUUUUUUUUCAAUAAUUUAUGUGUUCCAAAUUCAAAAUUAUUAAAAAGUUAAAAAACAUAUGUCAAAGCUUUUUUUUAUGUAACAGUAUUUAUGGCGAAAUUAGUUAUACUUUGAUAAAUAAGCGGGUAAGUAGGAAAUGUAUCGGGAAUUUAAGUAUUUUAUUAUCGAUUGUAUUGUUAAUAAUAAUUAAGGACAGUAAUGCACCUAGGUACAACGGAUCUAAAAAAGAAAUAAGCACAAAGAAAAUAAAUAUAAGAAUUUUAUUAUUUUUACAUUGAUUCAAUUUGGUUAUAGACUAGAUCGAUUAAAACAAUUUAUGUAGUUUUUAAGAGUCGAGGAAAAUUUAUUCUCUGUUCAUAGUUUUUAAAGUGUUAUAAAAGUUAAAGUAAAUUCCAAGUAGUGCUUAAUCUUGACAGAGAAAAAAAAACAUGUUUUUAAUAUUAACCCACAAAUGAAUCUCUCAAAAAUUACACAUAACGAUUACCUACUAAUUAAUAAAAUGUAUUUUUUACGUUUUCACUGGCAGUGGAAUAUAUUUCCGAUUAGUUAAGCGAUUCACAUUGUUAGUACUCCUGUGAUUAUUGUGAUCUAUUUUAAGUAUUAAAUGACAUAAUGUUUAAGUUUUAACAUUGUAUUAGAGAAUUAAGUAUCAUGCCAAACUAUGACUGCUACAAGGUGCCUUAUUCGCGUGCCUAUUUUGUACCUAUGAAAAAAAUAUUCACAUUAUAAGUAUUGAUUAAAAUGCAUACUUAGUAUUUUAAGUAACACUAUUUGAUAUUCAAAUCAAUAAACGAUUUCAUUUGGUUUUUAUCAGUAUAGCUUUUGUUUAUUUUUAAAAGAACCCACUUAACAUUCACGUAACG